GCCAACCUGCCAGUCAGUUAGACAAUCCGUCGCUCAUUCAUAGUUGUCGUGACCCGGUGCUAUUUAUUACAAGAUGUUAUAAUGCAAGUGUUGCUGGAACAAACGAACGACUAUGGAGUUGAUGACGCUAAGAAUAAGGCGAAGAAGGCUUUUUCGCCGAGUUCCCCUUCAAAGGAAAUUGAAAAUAAAUCCAAAAUAUUCAAAGGGUCAACGUUAGUGUCUGCUCUUGUAGAUAUCAGCGAUAAACGCUUUCCCACGCGUUCAAUUGCGUUAGAUUUUGCACGUCGUCUUUUUAGGCUGGGCCUCGUCAGGAGCAUUUUCGGUGCCAGUAACUUUGAAGAUUCAGUGCAGCUUUAUACCUGGCAUAAUGGUGAUGAUAUUGAACGGGUCUCCAACACAAAUCGGAAUUGCCGUGGAUGUUCAGUGUGUUUCCAGUGUAGAUCUCGAGCUCGGUUUAAUAAAGGGAUGACUAAAAAUCUUCCAGUUUUUUCUCGGUCGACAACGUCUCAAAACACAGACAAUCAAUAUUGCACAAAGCUGCAGCAGACCCCUUCAGACAAUCGAAUGAACGCUAACGCUCAGUUCCUCGAAGACGUUCGGAAUAAAUUACUAAGUAUUGGAGGAGUUACAAGUUCGAAUUCACCCACUGAUAGCUGUGGAAACCCAAAUACCAGAGCAUAUUCAGGUUUUCCAUCGAAUAUUCUGUCUAAUCCAAAAAGUAUUUCCGUACAGCAAACCAAAGAUAUACAACAUUCGACUAAGCUGAAAGCAACACACACAGCUCAUUCUCCUUUAAGAGCGAAACUCAAAGACCGUUGCACUACAAAUUCUAUUAAAAUGGACAGCGGUGUUAAAACAGACAAAUAUUUAUCCGAGAAACAUUUAUUUCCAUUGGAUUAUCGCACACCAAUGAAAAUCCCGCAAGAAAUGCCAAAAAAUUUGGAGACGCAGGUAUUCCGUGCUUGUGUAGACGAUUGUGAGUUAACGGCUUACAAAAAACAUAACAUUUGCAAUAACAACAGCAUUCAUACUAACACCACGAUCGCUAACACAAAUGCUACCACCACCACUACUACUGCCACCACAACAACCACCACCACCACUGCUUUUACAAACCAUCCCCACCAUCCGCACCAUCUCCACCACAAUAAAAACAACGACCACAACAAUAACAACAGAAAUAUCAGUAACAGCUGUUUCGAAGGUGUUAUGAACGGUAACCAAAGUCAAAGUGGGAUGAAAAACUGGGGUUGCGCUGAUCCCUGUUCUUCGUAUUCGGACAACGAAAAGCAACUGAUGGAGGAGAUGAACCGGAUGAAAGGGGAACAUCAGCGUGUGCUGCGAACUUACGAGGAUCGAAUCAGUAAACUGAUGACGAAAAUGCACGAGCUGCACAACAUUGCCGAGAUGCUAGAGAACUCGAGUAACAAGUCUGUUACGUACGGAAUACUUCCGGGCAAAGCUCUGCAGCAGCAACAACAACAACAACAACAGCAGCAGCAGCAGCAGCAACACCACCACCAACAACAACAGCUGCAACAACAUCCGUCAAUGCACUUACAAAAUACUGCCACGCGACAUGCUUUGCAAGGUGAGUCUGCAUAUGCCAUGACUUCAUAACACGUGCUACCCUUACUGUCUUGGCUCCGUCCCGAAGGCCCCCGGGGUGUGAAUCCAUAACUGAAUAUUUGGCUCCUGCCUGGUCCUUUAGGACUUUAUGAGCCAAUAUCACAAGGUACCCAGCAGGAAGAUUAUUUUGAUACUCUAACUUAGGUCGUGACCAUUCAUAGGGCACCACUAUGUGUGUUCAAAUGUCAUCAUCAUCAUCAUCAUCAUCAUCAUCAUCAUCAUCAUCGUCGUCGUCGUCGUCGUCGUCGUCAUCAUCAUCAUCAUCAUAAUUGUAGAUCUUCACUCGUGGUUGUGUAUACGUAGAUACAUACAUACAUGCAUACAUACAUGCAUACAUACAUACAUACGAGAGGGUGCUGAAAAGUUCCUGGCUUUGGGUAAAAGAAAAUACAGGAGAAUCAGUUAAUUAUGAUUUUAUCCAACAUAUUCCCCUCUCAGACUCACACGCGUAUAUCUGUCUCUCAUC